UCAUUUCCACACACCCCCCACUCCCUACCGUUUCGUCCAUCCCCACUCCCCACUCUAACCGCCUGUACUCUUCACUGUAACCACCCCUCUUUUGCCAGAAAAAUCACCACUCUUCACCGUAACCACAUUGUUUCACGUUGGCGUAUUCCUCUCUCCACCGUAACUGCCUGUGUUUCUCGCCGGAAAAAUCCUCACUCUUCUUAACCGGCUAUAUUCUCGCCGGAAAACUACUCAAACGCCAUUUCAAGUUUCGUUAAUAACGUGACGCUGUAGUUAGGUUUUGUUGUGCCAAAAAAGUCAUCACUCUUCACUGUAACCGCCUGUGUUUCUCGCCGUAAAAAAUCGUCACCCUUCGUAACCACUUGUGUUCUCGCCGGAAAACUACUCGAACGAUAUUUUCAAGUUCUGAUUGAACAAUGGAGAUACUGGAAAUGAAAUCUCAGCCUGUGAUGCCUAGAAAGCGACCGUUAGACGGUUCAAAUUGUUGUAAGCAUGAAGAAUUUAGAAAAUAUAGAAAUUUGGUUCCAGCGGUUCGUGACUUUCCUCCGGGUUGUGGACUUAACGGCUAUAAUAAGCCUGAGGAAUUUAGAAAAUAUAGAAAAACGGUUCCCGCGAUUCGUGACUUUCCUCCGGGUUGUGGAGUUAACGAAGCCGAAAGAAAGCCGUUGAAGAUGUUAACAAAGGCUCACUCAGAUCUUGGAAAGAUGACUUCUGUUGGAGAUGAUAAGAUUCUAGAAUCUAAUCGUGUCGAAAAUAAUAAAUUCAGUGGCUCUAAACCGUUAGAAUCAGGGAGAAACAAGUCUUAUGUUGUCUCAAGGCCAGCUGGAAAGGUUAAAUACUGGGAUCCUUCUUGCUCGAAGGCCGGUUAUGGCCAAAAACCGAAAGUCACCAUCACUCAUGAACCACAGAAGAAGCUUACUAAGAAUGUUAACAAAGCUGACUCGAAUGUUAAGAAGAUGACUCCGGAUGGCAUGGAUGAGCUGGUUACCUCUCGCCCUGUUGAGAAUAGUAAACUCAAAAGGUUUGUACCGAAAGAACUGGAGAGGAGCAAAUCAUAUUUGGGCUCAAGAUCAGGGGCUAAAGUGAAAUAUUGGGACCCUAUGUGUGAAGAAGUCAAGAAAUCAGAAGACACAACCACUGUUGUAUCGCAAAAGGAAAACACUAGACGCGAAAAGAUCAAAGAAGCGUUGGACGUUUUUGAUCAGGUUUAUGAACCGUUUUACCAAGAGAACAGAAGGAAGCCAAAGGGUGAACAGAUUUCUUCCUGGAGAAUUCCUACGGAAGCUGCGGAAAUUGUUAAACGAAAGCUGAAAUGGAUGGAUCCAGGAAAGGUAGUGGGAUCCGUAUGUGGUGUUCAAAUCGGAGAUAAGUUUAAAUACAGGGCAUUGCUUAAGAUGAUUGGUCUUCACAGUCAACCACAAGCAGGCAUUGAUUUUGCCAAGAUUGAAGGAAAGAAUCUGGCCAUAAGCAUUGUGGAUUCUCAGCGUUAUUUGAAUGUAAGUGGAUCAAGUGAUACCCUUAUCUAUUCUGGUCAAGGCGGGCAUGGUUUGUUCGGGAGUAAAUCACCACCCAAAGAUCAACAACUUGUGAGUGGGAAUAUGGCUAUGAAAAAUAGUAUGGAUAAGAAAUCACCAGUUCGGGUGAUAAGGAAAGUUGCCUCGUUUGGGAUGGAUGUGUUUGUGUAUGAUGGUUUGUACAUUGUGGACCGUUACACAGACAAUAAAAAUGCAGAAGGAAAUAUUGAGUUCAAAUUUCAUCUUAAGCGAAUACCUGGGCAGCCUGCGCUACACAGUAUGCUGAAAUGGUAACAAAUGAGGUCACUUGCAACAUCUAUGCACCUUUCUGUUGUUUGAUGAAGUAAAGUUGGAUAUUUUCUUGUUAUAAGUAGUCAGUCAUGCAUCGGAAUCUCAUUAGGGGUAGCUUCAUCGGAUCUCUUUUGUACGCAUGUAAUGUAGAUCCUUUUUAACUUAUGGUGACAUUGGUAAGCUAGUGGCAUGACGCGUCUUACUUUUAACCGAUGAAGUACAAACAAACUAAAAUGCAUUAAUUUGUAUAAUUA